UUCACAUUGCACGUGUCAAGUCCACGAGAACAAUCCAUCCUCUCUCUCUCUUUCCCUCUGUUAUCCACAAGAACAAUCCAUUCUCUCUCUCUCUAACUCUAAAACCCAAAACCGCCAUUUGUUGACACUGUUUCAAUUAAAAACGACACAUUAAAGGAUGUAGGGGUCCGUAACAAAGCUUCGCCAUUUAUAGAAGCGAUCUUGUCUGUCCUCCUUUCAUCAAAGAUUUGAAGUCUAUUUGCGGACGAUUUUGGCCAUGAUUUUGGUGGCGAUUGUGGCGGAGCUUUUGGAGGAGUACACGGUGGUUUUGGCUAGGGUUUUGGAGCAACUUAUACACGAGGCGCCAUUUCCAAGGAGAAUGAGGUUUCUUAUUCUAAGGAGCUUGCCUUUUAUCUCGCCUCCGAGGUUUCAAGGGGAGGGCUACAAAAAAAGCAAAAGCAGCGUCUCAGAUCUAGUGUUGAAUUCCGGGUCGGGUCGACGUCCCUUUGCCUUAGUCAGUGGCAUUUUUGGCGUAUCAAGAAUAAAGGGUUUAUUUUAAAUUUCCGGGCAAAAAGGGUUUAUUGAAAGGGUGUGGUUUCUAUCAGUUUUCCAACACUCGCCCCAAAAAAAAAAAAAAGUUUUCUAACACUUGGAUUUCACAGUCUGACGUCCAAAUAUGGUUUCUAUCCAAUUCCAAGAUGUUGUUUUUUAUUAAAGUAUACAAGGAUGCAAUUAGAUUUUUUUUUUUUGUUUUAAAAAAUGAGGAGGUUACAUCUCCAAAGUGUCCUAAAACAAAAUGUAGGUGGGGUUUUGCGUGAGGGAAAUAUCUGUUGUCUUUUAUUUUCGAUAACAAUCGUUGUUUAAACAAUGUUAUUAAUUUGUGGCCACACUAAAGCAAAGCAGUUAGAGUUUUCAAUUGGUGCGGGGUUGCGACACGCGAGAGUGCACGCAGCUGCAGUCCACGAUGACUUUUCAUGAUCAACUUCCCAAUUAUAAGACCAAUGAGAGUAAAAAUGGCAAGAUGGAUGGAUGGAUGCAAGGGCUGGUAAGUAUGGUGAGCUAUUAAUUCGCAUGAACUGUCGUUCAAUGCAUCUCUCUCUCCCAUCGCAGCUUGAUUUAAUCCGCGAUUGGCGAUGAAAACGAUCACUGACUCGCUGGUUCUCUCCUCAGUCUUUCACUCGCAUCGCAGAUGGGAGGCGAGGAGACGAAGAGGUCCUUCAUCUUGCGGCUUAGAAUCGCCGUGUUUUUUGACGACUCGAAUCGCUCUCUGGCAUACAGUACGAAAUACUCGGCGAUCUGUGGCGAGAUCCUCGGCCAUUCCCCAAAUUGCACUUCUUGGAAUGGGCUAUGGUGGGGUUAGGGCUCACUGCUAUGCCGCACGAUGUGGCCAGGAUUUUGAACUUGGUCAGAGUCGCCAUUGCUGCUUGCUGAGAGCUCCUUCUCUCUCUCCCUCUAAACGCUGCUUAUUUCUCUCUUUCGCUUUACCAGUCUCUCUCUAGAAUGUUACUGCUUAUCGUUUCUCUUUCUCUAAGAAAUGUACCUUCCUCUUUCUGUAAGUAUGAUGAGCUAUUAAUUCAGAUGAUCUGUCUCUCUCUCCCAA